AUGGAGGAGAAGACCCCGGCUCACCACGACGAAGAGCAGGUAAAAAUGAAUAACCACAUCGCACACGACGUCGACGAGAUCGAAAACGCCAAUGGUGAAGUCCUGCUCACAGUUGUCACCAACGCCAAGGGUGAAAAUACCUCUGGGCUUAAAUUGGCGAAGGAUGGACGUACUAUCCUCAUCCCCCAACCCACAGAUGACUCAAAUGAUCCUCUGAACUGGAGCUCCUUCAAGAAGCACAUCAUGCUCAUCUUAGUGUCCUUUGGUUCAUUUGCCGGCGAUUUUGGUGCCACAAGUGGGAUCCCAGCCAUUAUCUUGCAAUCCAAGCAAUGGGAUGUCACCCUCACCCAGGCCAAUGCACCUAAUAGCAUCAAUGCUUUGAUGUGUGGAGUCUCCGGCAUUAUCUGGAUGCCUCUCCUCAAUUCCUGGGGCAGAAUGCCAGUGCUCUUCUGGUCCGCGCUGCUAGGUCUAGGCUUCUCUGUCGGUGCCGUACUGGCACCGACUUAUAAGGUGCACUAUGCAAUGCGUGUCCUCCAGGGCGUCACACAGAGCACGGGCCAGACCAUUGGGCUAGCAUUCGUCAAGGAUUGCUUCUUUUUCCAUGAGCACGCCCGGAAGAUCGGAAUUUGGUAUGCUAUCUAUAUCACUUCGCCUUUUAUGGGCCCUCUCUUGGGUAACAUCAUCAUCGGCAAGACUGGUAACUGGCAUACCGUCUUCUGGUGCGUUUCUGCGUGGUCUUCGAUGUUGAUCUGUAUGAUCCUGGUGUUUGGGGAUGAAAGCUACUAUAAUCGUGCGGUGCCCGCUGAUCAACAACCUCCGCGCAAGCACGGCCAACUUCAGCGGCUUACACGUGUGUUUGGCACCUGGCAAUUGCGGCACCAUAAAGGAUACUUCUGCACGGUCUUAAGCUCCUACGUCCGCCUGGUCGCCGUCUUUCUGAAGCCUGUUAUUCCACUAACGAUGGUCUUCUAUGCCGCUAUUUUCAUGUGGUUUAUCGGUCUGACGCUGUCUUCGAGUAUCCUUCUAGGCACACCUCGCGAACUCGGCGGCUAUGGCCUAUCAGCUGCUACUGUUGGCUACGUUUUUUUCACCCCUAUAGCAGGCGUUAUCCUCGGUGAAAUCUUUGGUCACUGGUUUAACGACUAUAUUGCAGCACGCUAUACGCGCCGUCAUAACGGUCUGUUUGUCCCCGAGGUUCGACUUUGGACUACGUUCCUAGGCUUAGCGCUUAUCGUGCCCGGCCUUGUCCUCGUAGGUCAGACUCUCGAACACAGACUCAACGUCGCAGGACUCGUGUUCGGCUGGGGGAUAACCUGCUUCGGUGUCAUGAUAACCUCAGUAGCAACCGUAGCAUUUGUGCUAGAUUGCUACCCCACGGCUUCCGGAGAGGUCUCUGCUCUCAUCAACAUGGCACGUGUAUCUGCUGGCUUCUCCUGCGGGUACUUCGAACCAGAUUGGACGGCUAAACAAGGGUACGGACUGGCAUUCGGUCUGCAAGCGGUCGUCGUGGUUUCCGUUUUCGUCCUUGCUAUUAUCGUCCAAAGAUUUGGUCCUAGACUACGCGCGUGGGCUGGCCAUGUGGUGCCUCUUAACUAUUGA